UGCAUUUACAUUUCCCUGCUGCUUGUCAUAGUCAAGCUUCAGAUAUCAAGAUCUGCCUGUGUGAGGAAACCAUCUGCAGAUUCAUUGAGCAAGGAAAAUUUUUGGAAGCUUGUGAUCAAAUUUAUAAUCUGGAGCGUUCUGGAAAUGAUGAUAUGGGGAAGUCUGAAUCACUUUAUGUGCUGCUGGCUGAACGAAUGUGGACUGUAGUGGGAGAAGCACUCAGUGGAAGUGAUAGGAUGCUCCUGGAGCCAUUGCAGUCAGUGGGGGAAUCACUGAAGUGGGAGAAGCAGAAGGAAGCAGAGCGGCUUGGCAAUGGCCUAGAGAUAGAUUCUGUUUCCACCUGGAGCCCAAACUUCUGGAGGAAAGAUCUGGAGGAAAAGCUAAUGCAGUACAUGACCACCCAGAUUCCCCUGUUUGCUUCCUCUACUAACACAGAUGAGGCUGCACUGAAACAGCACCUGAGUCAUCUGGAAACGACGUUUCUCCCCAGCCUGGAGCACAGAAGUGACGUCUUCAAGGAAGCAGGAUUGCUCAUCACCUAUGCCCACUGCUGUCAUGCCUCUUUGUGUUCUCACCUGGCCACACUUACUGACAGUAACUGUUUCAGCUUCAGCCAAAGCCUUUUAAUUUAUGGAUGGAUCAUUAAAAUGUACAAAAGAGGCAGCCAGGCAUGUGAGAGACCCGGGCACAGACCCCAGCACAGCCUUUCCCUUGGUGCACAGUGCCUCGUGUGGAUUCUUUUGAAGACUGAGGAAAAGUUACUUGCAAUCGCACGGAAGGAAGUAGGGAAAGCACUGAAAGAAGCCUUUGAUAUUGGGAAACCACCUUGUGCAGACGCUGCAGUCAUUGAGAUACUAACAGAAAAGACAGCGACUGCCAGGCGAGUCAGCGAGAGCCUGAGUGAGAAGGUGGAAGCUGAAUGCCUGGAGGAGUGCCUGAGGUUCCUGGAAAGCUAUGAAGAUGAAGUAAGAAGCUUUCUCCAGCUUGAUGGCUGCCCGCAGAUCUGCAGCAGCUUACGACUCCUGGAGAAUUGCUGCCUUCUCAGAACUGUCUGGCAUAAGCUAACAUACAUUUGCAGUGUCAGCACUGACCAGAAUAUUAAGGUAAAUGGAUUUCUACACAGGAUGGAAGAUGACACUAUAGAGCAUUUUCUGCAGACCGUCACUACUAAAGUCAAGGGAACACUGAAGGACCACUUCAAAAAGAGUGACAGUGGUUUUGACCACAUCCUUGAAUCUUUAAAGCAAAACUUUUUGACCUUUGGGAAGAAAAAAACUGAUAUAUACGAGGUAAGAAAUAAGUAA